CAGAACCCGCUUUCACUGUUACCGGGUUCGAAUUAGUUUAGACACGUAACGGUAACUUGGGCUAACGGAACAGCGGAAAACAGCGGAAAACGCUUGUUUUCCAUUAACGCUACAAUGAUGAGGUGACGUGGAGCUGCAGCGAUGGAGGACCUGUACAGUGUGGCUUUGGCUGUUUUCCAGCUGUGGAUGGUCAUGGUGCUGUUCUUCAUAAUGCUGCCCGCCAUGUUCGGCCUCUCUCUGGGGGUCACCGGGGUCUACAUCCAGAUCCUGGUCAGAAUCUUGGAGUGGGCAACUAUUCGUAUCCAGAGAGGACGGCAGGAGCGGCCCAGCCUAGCGGUCCCUCUCCCCACAGGGAUCAUAGAGCGAGCGGGGGGCUCGAUGGAGGAGGAGAUGGGGCAUCUGCGCCGCUCUCAACCGCUGGCAGAAGGAGAGUUUUGUCUGAGUGAUGCCAUGUACUUCUGCAAGAAGGGUUUGGAAAGCAUUGUGGAUGACGAGGUGACGCAGUGCUUCUCUUCCGAGGAGCUGGCCUCCUGGAACCUCCUGACCCGGACAAAUCAGAACUUCCGCUACAUCAGUCUCCGCCUCACCAUCAUAUGGGGUCUCGGAGUCUUUGUGCGGUACUGCAUCCUUUUCCCUCUCAGGAUCACUCUGGCCAUUAUCGGCCUCUCAUGGCUCGUGAUUGGAACCACUCUGGUUGGACUUCUACCUGAGAGCAGUGCAAAAAACUGGCUGAGUGAGCUGGUCCACCUGACCUGCUACAGGAUCUGUGCCAGAGGACUCUCAGCUACCAUCCACUAUCACAACAGAGAGAACAGGCCUCAGAAAGGAGGAAUAUGCGUUGCCAACCACACCACGCCCAUCGAUGUGGUGAUUCUGGCCAAUGACGGCUGCUACGCCAUGGUGGGGCAGAUUCAUGGAGGUCUGUUGGGCGUCAUUCAGAGGUCCAUGGUGAAGUCCUGCCCUCAUGUUUGGUUCGAGAGGUCAGAGAUGAAAGACCGACACGCUGUGACCAGCAGGCUGCGAGCACACGUUGCGGCGAAGACCAAACUUCCCAUCCUCAUAUUUCCUGAAGGAACCUGCAUCAACAACACUUCAGUCAUGAUGUUCAAAAAAGGAAGCUUCGAAAUUGGAGGGACGAUUUAUCCAGUGGCUAUAAAGUACGACCCUCGGUUUGGUGACGCUUUCUGGAACAGCAGCAAAUACAACAUGGUGAGCUACCUGCUGCGUACGAUGAGCAGCUGGGCCAUAGUUGUCAACGUGUGGUACCUUCCUCCCAUGACCAUACAGGACGGUGAAGAUGCGGCCCACUUUGCCAACAGGGUGAAAUCUGCCAUCGCUCAUCAGGGAGGACUGCUGGACCUGGCGUGGGAUGGAGGACUGAAGCGAAGCAAGGUGAAGGAUUCAUUAAAAGAGGAGCAGCAGAAGAUGUACAGCAGCAUCAUUGUGGGACAAAAUGGCAUCAACUCCCCAGAAACAUGCAAAGAAAACCGCAGAAGAUCAAAAAUCCUGGACACAAUCAAUCACUGACAUCAGUUUCCUGUCAUGUGAUCAGUCUCAGACAUGGAAAGCUGGACAUUGAAAUCACAUCAGAACUCUGAAACUCGCUGUAAAAGUCUUAUUUUAAUGUUUUUGUUCAUAUCAAUUCCUACAGUUAAAUCAUAUUUUUAGUUUUUUAUGUGUGUGCAGGAGUGUGUGUCCACCAGCAGGGGGUAGUGUGAGACAGCAUAAUCAUCCUGUCCUCCUCCUCCUCAUCAUCAUCAAUCAGGACUUAACCGUUUUUUAAUGUGUGCGCCACAACAUGUCAUGUUUUUAUUACAGCCGAUGUGGCACCAGUGACUGUGUUCAAACUAUAAGAAGGUUCUUUUUAAACAAAAAAUUAGUAAAAAUGUUGUUUGUGUGUUUUUUAUUUACAGGACAGGAAAUAAAAAUUUAAUCUGA